AUGCACGACGGUGACAAGAAGGCCGUGGAGAUCCAGGAAGGCAAGGUGACCAUCCGACCUAGUGGAAACAAUCAGAGCUGGGUUGUCAAUGCCGAUUUGGACGACCGUUGCACUGCCGAAGUAGACUUCAACGUGCCAGGCAAACCGUCUCCACCGCCGGUGCCUUUGGAGAUGAAGCUCUGGCAGCUCUCAGAAAACAUCCUUCGAGUUUUCGGAUCCCAUCUGGAUGCUUGCACCACCGGGGAUUCCCUUGAACGCCUGGGUGGCAAUACCGUCCACGCAGAGCAGCUAGCCACACGACUGGCACCGAAUCUGGCCCUGGGGCAGAAAGUCGACUUAUCAUCGACGGCUCAGUUCGUGUCCGACGAUGGGACAGAGACCUGGACGGGUGACGGCUUCCGCGCCACAGAUGGGGACUUCGGCACUGCUUUUUUCUUCGGCCUGGGCUGCGCAGAAACUCAGGUGGAGCCAAAUCCUUGGCUGCGUGUAGACCUUGGCCGCGAGGUCCCCGUGGCCGUCGUGCGCAUCCUGACGCGCAGUGACAGUGUUGAUACAGGCUUAGGUCCUUUGGACAUCCGCCUGGGCAACGAGAUUCUCACGUGGCGUGAAAACCUAGUGUGUGCAGAAGCUGUGAUGCUGGACAGACUCCAGCAGCCCAACAUAUUCAAUUGUUUGGCUUCAGGCCGCUAUCUCUGGCUUGUCCUACGUGUGUCUGGGACGAUGGUUGCACCUCUCUCGGUCUGCGAAGUUGAGGUCACCCCGAAGGGGCCCUCCGGAAAUCGGCAUAUUCUACAGACCGCAGGCGGUAUGUGGCCUCUGCAGCUGCAAGGCGUCGCGCUUGAUCCGCAUGACCGAAUUCGCAUCGUGGCGGACACUGUGCUUUGUGGACUUGAAGGCAGUGCCACCAUGCAUGAUGCCGUUCUGGCAUUGACUGCGCCGAUGGGCCAGCGUGCUCAUGGAGACUUUCGGUCGGAAACCUGGGAGAACAUCCAAGUUAAUCGAAUGGGCAUCUACAAAGUUUGCUGGUGUGGUGGUGAUGGGGACUGCUCAGCUGACGAGCACUUCUCAAUGCAUGUGGCUACCCUGAUCAUCAAUGGAAUCAUGUUGACGGUCGUGGGCGACGGGAGGGUGCCGAACAGAACGAUCGACAUGGUCGAAACACGGCAGCAUCUUGAGAAUUUGAGGCAACAGCAGGCAUCGACAGUGCAACACAUCAUUACCGGAGGUUUCCCAAAUCCUUGUACUACGUUUUAUUCUCAGUGCCUGACAUUAGCACUCGUCUUCCUGGGAUUUGCAUCUCCUUGGCUUCGUGGGGUCAGGCGGCAAAGUGCAAGCGAGUUAUGCGUGUUCAGUGCCUGA